AUGCAAAGAAGUCAUUCUAUUUUAUUAUUGCAACCAUGUAAUAUAAGUGAAAGAAUAAUAUCAUUAUUUACUGUAUUAAUUGAAAUUGUUAUUGACCCAUAUUAUAGAACAAUAGAGGGAUUUUUAUUUCUAUUCCAAAGAGAAUUACUUUCAGUGAAUUUUUUUGAUAAAAACUCAUAUGAUAAUUCUAUUUAUUUUAUUUUAUUACUUUGUUCAUUAGAUAUUAUUAUUCAUGAAAAUUCACUUGCAUUUGAAUUUGAUGAUCAUUUAAUACAAUUCUUAUUUUGUUCAUAUCUAUCUAAUAGAUUCUCUGAAUUUAAUGAAAAAACAAUUGAUUCUAGAAAUUCUAUUAUUCGAUAUAUAUUAGCUAAUAAAUCUUAUUUCUUUAAUCUUUCUUAUAAACCAAAUGAACUUUCUAUGUAUUUGGUUAUUCCUGAAUGUCCAUGUUGUAUUCUUUUUGAUGAGUGGAUGAAUUUUAAUAAAGAAGCAGUAUGUUUGUACACAACAACAACAAUGACAACAAAAAAUACAAAUAUGAAUUUAGUUGAUUUUCCACCAAUUCCACUCUCCUUAAAUAUAUUCUCAACAAUCUCAAUUAUUAAUCUUAACAAUAAUCGUUUAAAAGAAUUUCCUUUAGCGUUAUGUCAAUUACCUCAUCUAAAAGAGAUUAGACUUAAUGACAAUUCAUUAUUUUGGAUAACACCUCUUAUUUCUGAAUUAUCAAAUUUAACUUUUUUGGGAUUAGCUAAUAAUAAAUUAACUCAAUUACCAGACCUUUCUAGUAUUCCUCUUAGAAAGUUAGAUAUUUCAUCAAAUUGUUUUCCUAAAGAAUUUAAUUUUGAAGUUGGAAAUGAUCUUGAGUUCUUAAAAGCAGCUGAGCUUAAUAAUUAUCCAGGUGUUUUAAGAGAUCUUCCAUGUUUAACUUCAUUAGAUUGUUCUAGGUGUCACUUUAAUAUCUCAGAUAUUAUCUCAAGACCACCAAUCAAUUUACAAGAACUUAUUAUAAGUGGAUGUCAUCUUCCUAUUAUUCCAGAAGAAAUUACUCAAUUAUCAAUUACAAAACUUGAUGUUUCUGAUAAUUCAAUAAGUAAAAUGAAUUAUUCAUUCUUUACGAUGACUAAUCUACGGAUUCUUAAUUUAUCUCAAAAUCAUACUAAUGGUAAAAAUGCAUUGUUUAAAACAAUGAAAUCACUUACAGUUAUUUGUAAUAACGUUAAAACAAAAAAAUAUAGAAAAUCAAUUCUUAGUCCAAAUAUUAUUUGGACAGGAAGAGAUGUUAAUGGAAUUUAUGAAGAAGAAACUCAAAUCCAACAACUAGAAAAAAUAAUUAUUACUGGAGAUGAAUUUAGAAAAGAAGUUUUUUCAUAUCUCCAAAGAAAAAUGGGUAAAGAAGGAAUAGUCCAAAUAAUUAAUGAUUAUUCAUUUAUUUUUGAAUCAAAAGAACAAAAGAAAAAUAAAAAUAAAAUUGAUAGAAUUUCUGUUAUCUCAAUGUCAGUUAAUCAAAUGAAAGAAAGAAUUUGGAAAUUACAUAGAUGUGUAUUUGUGAUUUGCAAAAAUGAAAAGAAUGGAAAUGAAAUUGAUGAAAUAUUUGAGACUUUAAGUAGUUUAAAGAAACCCAUUACUGGACAUGUAGUUUUUGGAACUGAAAUGAAUGCUAAAGUAUUAAGUAAAUAUAAUAAAGAAAUAUUUACACUUGAUUUACAUUUCUAUACUAUAGAAAAGAAAUCAAAAAAAUGUCCAACUUUAGUUAAUAAAAUUUUAAAACAAAUUAUAAAAUUCAAUGAAAUUAAUGAAACAAUUGAAGAAGAAAGUGGAAAAUUAGUUAAAGAAUUAGAAGGAUUAACAAUACCAGGAUUUUGUUUAACUAUUGGAAAAAUUAAAGAAAUUAUGCACUGUUUAGAAUUAAGUCAAAUUGAUAUGGUAUUAGAAUUUCUCAUUAAAAAUGGAUAUUUUCUUACUAACGAAGACUUGACCCAUUGUUGUAUUGAAGAGUUAUUAAAAGAUGAAAAAGAGGUUGUCGUUGAUUGUGAAUUAUUUAAUUUAACAGAUAAAUUAUUGAAGAAAGGAAGUAGUAGAAAUGGAUUUAUUACAACGAGUGUAUUUGAGGUAUUAGGAAUAAAAGAUCAACAUUUAGAAUUUGUUAUUUCAAUAUUAGAAAUGUAUGGAAUUAUUCUUCAAUGCACUUCCAAAACAUUUGCUAAUAUUGGUAUUAGUAAUGAAUUUAAUAAAGCCUAUCAUAGUUGUGUUGAUCAAACAAAAUAUAUUUCUAGUGAAUUAAUGAAUAAAGAAAAUUCAUCUAAUGGAAGUUCAUUUGUACCAUUUUUAGUAACAGAACUCAGAGAUAUUGAUGGGCUAUUGAUAUACCCAUAUCAUGAAUUAGUUCAUGGUUAUGAAAAUAGUUCAUGGCCAUUACAACAUCAUAAAAAUGAAAAUGAAAUAGGAAGAAGUUUUAUUUUAAGUAAAUAUAAUGAUAAAAUAAUUAAUACUAUUAUUUGUAGUUUUAUGAUUAAAUAUGAAGUUCAUUGUUAUUGGAGAAAUGGUGCUAUUGUUGUUAUUGAAGAUACUGAUGGAAGUGGAAAAGGAUAUUUAAUGAUUUCUGUAGAUGAAAGUAAAAGAUCAGUUAAUAUAAGAAUAAGAUUUCUAGUUUCUAAUGAAAGAAUACCAUUUUAUAUUGCAAAAGUAAUAAAAAGUAAUAGAAUUUUAUUAGAGAAUAUAUUAGAUUGUUAUGAAUGUAAAAUAGAAAAACAACAAAUAAUGUGUCCUGAAUGUUUAAUGAAUGGAAAUAUUAAUUGUCUAACUGAAAGAGAAAUUAAUGAUUCUAUUGAAAAAUUUAAAUUUCAUAUUAAAAGUAGAGUUUGUGUUCAUACAAUUAAUACUGUAAGUUGUUCUCUUGAUAUGAUUAUUGAAACAUUACCAAAAAAAUAUCUUAAAUCAUUAAAUGAAUAUGAUUUAGUAAAAGAUGUUGGUGUUGGUUCUAAUUCAAUUAUUUCAUUAUUUAAACAAAGAAAAACACAAGAGUUAAUUAUUGCAAAGAUUGGUAAAAUUGAUUUAAGUGAUAACGGAUUAGAUGAUUCUAAUACAUCAAUUGAUAUAUUCGCAAAUUUAGUUGAAGAAUAUUUAAGAGAAAUUUUCUUUAUUACAUUCCCUAAAAGUGAUUAUAUAGCUCAAAUCUUUGGUUAUUGUAUUAACCCAUUAUUUGUUACUAUGGAAUUUUUUAAUGGUGGAAGUUUAUAUCAUUUAAUUAACGAAACUUCAAUGGAAUUUACUAAUACAUUAGUGUUAGAUAUAGCUAAACAAAUAGCUUUUGGAAUGAAUGAAAUUCAUUCUUAUAAAAUGCCACUAAUUCAUAGAGACCUUAAAUCUCCAAAUAUUCUCAUCAGAUUAAAUGAAGAUAAUUCAUUUAAAAAUUGUGCAUUAAGUGAUUUUGGUCAAACUGUUCCUGUCUCAGCUAAUAUUAAUGCUAUUGUUGAAUGCCCUUAUUGGCUUGCACCUGAAGUAAUUAGUGGAGAACCUUUUACACAAAAAAGUGAUGUAUUUUCUUAUGCAAUAAUUCUAUGGGAAUUAAAAAAUAAACAACCACCUUACAAAAACUUUAAAUAUUUCAGUGACAUCAGAGAAAAAGUUAAAAAUGGCUGGAGACUCCCACUUGGUAACUCAUUCAAAUUCUUAAACGAAAUAAUUUCUCAAUGUUGGGACCCAGUUCCUCAAAACCGUCCUUCAUUUAAACAAAUCAUAGAUAAAUUAAAUGGAAUUGUAAUUUAA